AUGGCUUCUGCAUCUUCUAUAAGACCUCUUGUUGUUGCACAAGGUGAGAAACCUGAGAAGUUUAUUAGGAAGAAAUUCAAGAGGUGGCAACAAAAAAUAUUGUUCUACCUUACAACUCUGAAUCUUGCUCAGGUCCUAUAUAAGGAUGCCUCUAUGUUCAAGAAUGAUGAAAUUGAUAAACAAGUGCAAGCAACUUUGGAAGCUUGGAAUCAUUCUGAUUUCUUGUGCAAGAAUUACAUCCUCGAUGGUGAUAACUAUACUUGGAAGGAGAUAAUUCUCCUUCAUUUGGGGUGUAUGGACAUUGAUUAUGCUAUUAGAAAAGACAAGCCAACCAUUACUGACACUGGUAUUACAACUAAAAAGGCUCUUUAUGAAGAAUGGGAGCGAUCAAAUCGCCUUAGUCACAACAAUCUCAAGGCAUUACUGAAGGGUAUUGAUGAGCAAUUUGUGACUUCAAUUAAGGCACUUUCCAACACCUUGAUAAUGAAGUUUUCAACCUUAAGGUUUACUAAUGUGAGUGGUGUGCAAGAGCACAUAAUGCAAAUGAGGGACAUUGCGGCACAAUUGAAGACACUUGAGGUUGAAAUAUAUGGGGACUGGAUACUAAGUACUGAAGCAGGUCCAGCUUCCAUUGCUAAGCAAAUCUCAGUCCCUGGAGAUUUCAAAUCAAUUUCAGAUGCAAUUGCAAAUGGUGUUCCGUCCGGGAAUAAGGAAUGGAUUUUGAUUAAAGUUGCCCCUGGCAUAAUUCAGCCAUGCCUUCUUGCAUGUAGUGAAAAUGUCUCGUUUCCUCCUGAGAAACCCUAUGUGAUUAUAAAAGGUGGCGGCAGAGAUAACACCAUCAUUGCUUGGAAUACUGGUAAUCAAGGCAUUUUGGGCGCUGCUUUUGUUGUAAGCGCAAACAAUUUCAUUGCAAAAGAUAUUACUUUCAAGAACACAAACAAUCUUAAUGACGUAGCUCCAGGAGUUGCGGCCACCGUACAAGGAGACAAGUGCUCUUUCUAUAACUGUGGUUUUCUCGGUGUACAAGAUACGUUAGCGGAUUUCAACGGUCACCAUUUCUACAGCUCUUGCUACAUUGAAGGCGUAGUUGACUUCAUUUUUGGUGGUGGCACCUCCAUUUACCAGGACUGCACAAUAAACGUGACAGAAUAUGGUUUUAUAACAGCACAAGCCAGAGAACAAGCCAACGGAUCAUCGGGUUAUGUGUUUAAAUCUGCGAAUGUGAUUGGAAAAGGUCCAACAUUUCUGGGUAGAGCAUGGAGGCCUUAUGCUAGAGUUUUGUUCUAUCAAUCCAAAUUUGCAGACAUUAUAGAUCCAAAGGGAUGGGAUUCUUGGCGAAAGCCUGAGUAA